AUGGUUUCGACUUGCUGCACAACGACGAUAAGGCCCGGGUGGCUUCUGGUGGAUGGUUUCUCGACUUGCUGCAGAACGAACGACGAUAAGGCCGGGGUGGCUUCUGGUGGUUUCGACUUGCUGCAGAACGACGAUAAGGCCCGGUGGCUUCUGGUGGGUGCCGCCGACUUUCUGCAGAACGACGAUAAGGUUCUGGCUGGUGGCCUGAGGACCACUGAAGUGCCCCCUCGUGUUGCUCAGAUGUGUGCUUUCAGUGCUUCAGUGGUGCAUGCAUGGAUUGAAAGCUAUGCUGUGCUUCUGAAGCUUUUGGCCGGAUCCGGAGACUUUGUGGACUUGAACUUCCCGGAGCGCUUUUUCUCUCUGCCAUACUUCAGUAUGGCCGACAUCCUCGUGCCGCAGACUCCGCCUCGCAAGGUGAUCAAAGCGAAAAGGGAGGCGAACUUGACAGGGCUUUGGGAGGCCUGGGAGGAGAAUCGUCAGCUUCGCAAAUACAGCAGGAAGAAGGGCAGCCUUUUGGAUUGGGAACAUCCCUCCAAGGUUGGGCUCAUAAACCGGAGGUCUUUGAUGCUCAACUGGAAGGUGAUCUUGCCUUUGCUUGAAAUCUAUUGCCCAAAGCAUGAGCCCAAGACCGUGCCCGUGCAAAGCCUGAAGCAGCAAGUCAAACGAUUCUUCGAAGAGAUCGAGGUCGCCCCGAAGAAGGGGUUGGUUCACUGCACCAGCCACAGCUUGAAAAUGUUCGUGAGCUACAUCCUUCGCAGACAUGACGGAUCUGUGAGAAAGGACCACCGCCUCAAGGCGAUCUUCGACGAGGUGUCCAAGAGCUGGCCGGCGAAGCUCCGCAGCCGCAGGACCUUGCUUGAGGCCGAGGACGAGCCGGGUGAUGAUGAGUGUGAGAAGGAAGGCCAGGAGGAGGAGGAGGAAGAGGAGCUACAGUUGACCGAGGAUGAGGUUGAGGACGAUUCGCAGGCAGCUGAGGUUGAUGAUUACCUAGCCGAGGAUAUGGGGCUUUGUCCGGGAUCCCCACAACCACCUUCGGCCUAUGUGGGUACGGUGGCUUAUGAGCUGGGUGAUGAAGGACCGGUGCCUUAUCAAGCAGGUUUGCUUGAUCGCGAUGAAGGCGAGGGCGGCACAGACACAGAUCUGGUGAGACGGUUGGCUGAGCUGGAGCAGCAAAUCGCCCAUCGACGAGCAGCUUUGUCUGGACAGAGGGCAAUCGAACGGUGGCACAGCACCUCAGUUUAA